AUAAAUAUUUUUUAUAUAUAAUUUUAUGUUUUAAGGGAAAACUAUGUCCUCUGGAAAACGUGCGGCUGAAAAUGCAGCAAACAGAAACUUGUGGAUAAAAACACUCGCCCAAAAAAACAACAAAAUAAAAAAUCCAAAAUUCAAAAAAAUAAAAAUGAAAAAAUGCUACUCUAUGGAGUUAAUCCCAUAAGGUGCUCGAUCAUAUGCUCCAAAGACAAACCACUGGCCAGAAAUCCACCGUCGUUCAUCACCGCCACCCAAUCUCUAGCCGCCGCCGCCGUAUCAUCCGCAGCCGCGGCGGCUCUGGUGCUCUCCGCCGGAGCCAUCGAGGUUUCGGCCCCGGCGCUGCCGGACGAGACGCUAUCCAACAUACCGCAGACGCUAGACAGCAUAUGCACUCCCGAACACGGCUGCCGGAAAAGGUACAAAAUCCAACGGCCGAAAUCGAGGAAGGCCGAGGCCUGCACCGGAAAAUGCGUCACCACCUGCAUUCAGGGCGGGUACGGCUCCCCCGGCGAGGGCCCCUUCAAUAUUAGGAGACCUCUAGUUGUUUUCAAGGAUGGGUUUCGGAGCCGUAAAUAUUGCUUGUCCGAGUGCACUGAUAUCUGUAACUUGAUCGGUGACGACGGGCCCUGAUUUCAUUCAUUCUUUUUUCACGUUUUUACUUUUUAAUUUGUCUAUCAAUCACAAUUCAUGUAUGAAAUACCUAACAAACUAAAAAUCACAUUCCUAGAAAUUUAGAUAUCAUUUGAAAAGUCCAAGUUCAACUAAUUAAGAUUGAUCUGUGAAGUUGGGAUGAAAUUGAAAUGAAUAAUUCUCCUUAAUUAUAGCUGCUAAUCGAAAUGCUUAUGAAAUGACUCAUUCGUGAGCUCAGCUAGACUUAUUAUGAUUCCUUAGGAUUGAUAAAUUGAUAUACGUAAUUUCAUGUGCUAAAAAAAUGAUUCAGUCGUG